CAGAGAGGCUGCUAGCGAAGAGACCCACAAACAAGCCUAACUCCAAGUGAGCGCUGCAGAUUAACACCACAGCGGCCCCUGAAGGAGCCACGCCGCCGCCGCCGCCUCACCGUGCACAAAAACACCGGGAGGGCUUUCCUGGACAUCCUGAUGUGGAGAACGGCGAAGAGUCGGCUGCAGACGGAGGGAAGGGAGACGGAGGCAAAGCAGGAGGAAUAUGUGGAGGUGUGAGUAGUUGGAGCUCCUGAAGCCAGAGAGACGCAACCCAAAGAAAAACCCAACGCCGAGGAAUGGAAAAUCAAGACAAGCGAGCCGGAGACGAGGCUGAGACGGAGGAGAAACAAAAAGCCGAUGAGCUCAGCGACGAACAAAAGCAGAGCAAAGACAAAUACAACAAGUUGGAGAAGGAGAGCAGUGAGAAGGAGGUGCGUGGCGAGGCCAGGAUGGCGAGCCGCCGCCCCUGUACGAGCGGCUGGGACUUGAGUGAACGCCUGGCCAUCAACGUCUCGGGGAUGCGUUACGAAACCCAGCUGCGCACCCUCGCUCAGUUCCCCGACUCCCUGCUGGGCGACCCGCGGCGCCGGCUACGCUACUACGACCCGCUGCGCAACGAGCUGUUCCUGGACAGGAACCGCGUCUGCUUCGACGCCAUCCUCUACUUCUACCAGUCGGGCGGCAGGCUGCGGCGGCCCGCCAACAUCCCGCUGGACAUGUUCCUGGAUGAGCUGCACUUUUACGAACUCGGCGAGGACAUCAUCGACCGCUUCAAGGAGGACGAGGGCUUCGCCAAGGAGGAGGAGAGGCCUCUGCCGCCCACAAAGUGGCAGCAGAAAAUCUGGAUGUUGUUUGAGUAUCCCGAGUCUUCGGGUGGAGCGAGGAUCAUCGCCAUCAUCAGCGUCAUGGUCAUCGUCCUCUCCAUCCUCAUCUUCUGCCUGGAGACUUUGCCUGAGUUCAGAAACGAGAAGGAGCGGCGGGAGCAAUACACAACCACUCUUCACCCGACCAUCCCCAACACAACCAUCCUGGUCCCGCCAAAGUUCUCCCCGUUCCAGGACCCGUUUUUCAUAGUCGAGACCAUCUGCAUCUGCUGGUUCUCCUUUGAACUCAUCAUGCGCUUCAUCAGUGCCCCGAGCAAGAUCCUCUUCUUCAAGGACAUCAUGAACAUCAUCGACUUCUUGGCCAUUUUGCCCUUUUUCGUCACAGUGGGCACGGAGCUGGCCAAGGACAAAGGCACGCCGCCGUCCGUCUCCCUGGCGCUCAUCAGAGUCAUCAGGCUGGUGAGAGUCUUCCGGAUCUUCAAGCUUUCCCGUCACUCCAAAGGCCUCCAGAUCCUCGGUCAGACGCUGAAGGCUAGCCUGCGAGAGCUCGCGCUCCUGAUCUUCUUCCUCUUCAUCGGCGUCAUUCUGUUUUCCAGCGCUGUCUACUUUGCCGAGGUGGACAGUCCUGAGACGAUGUUUACCAGCAUACCCGAGUCGUUUUGGUGGGCUGUGGUGACCAUGACCACGGUGGGCUACGGGGACAUGGUUCCGAUGACGGUUGUGGGAAAGUUGGUUGGGUCCAUGUGCGCCAUUGCGGGUGUGCUCACCAUCUCCUUGCCGGUUCCCGUCAUCGUUUCAAACUUCAGUUACUUCUACCACCGAGAGAUGGAAUGUGAGGACAACAGGGAGUACCACCAUGUCUCCACAUCGCUCUGGGAAGACAACAAAGAGGACGACGAAGAGGACGACGAAGACAACGGGACGGAUCAGGAUCCUGAAUUCAUGGGGGAUCGUGCACUUCUGCACGAACAGAGCAGGGCGAUAUGUCCGCCACUCAACGGGAACCUCCUGGCUGGGCUUUGUGCAGAACAGGGAGGAAGAGAUCAGGAAGGGAUGAAAUUACCUCUCAAAGAACCUCUGGUCACCCAAGUGUGACGAAAAAUAUUUACACUCUGACACUUUUUGCACGUUUUUGUACGUCGUUUUGCGUUUCUGCUGCUACUAAUAACAACCCAAAUGCUUAACAAAAAACACACAACGCAUAUUUUUGGCAAUAAGUUAAUGUUUUUGGUAUUUAAGAAAUGAGCAGUUUCAAAAAUCUACUGAGUAUUAUAAUGUCACAAAUCAGCAGUUACUGCCCUAGUAACCCCAGUGAAGCCCUGCAGGUUACCUAGCAACCCCAGUGGAAUUCCGCCCGUUACCUAGCAACCCAAGCUGAGCUACAGCAUGUUUG